AUGGUACAAGACAAGAAAGUAAGCUCACCCAGUAAAUCUCUACCCAACUCAGCCAAAGACACCAUGAACCGUGGUAAGUCUCAAAACAUGUUUACUGACAAUGAGGUUGUGCAGACUGCUGCUACUAUGAAAGAUGAGUUGUCAGUACCAGUACUGUCAGAGAGCCCCUUUGAUAUGACAAAGAAAACAUGCAGUCAGACGAUAUCGGAUCAUACAGUUCAAGACUUGCCAAUAGAAAGCAACGAACUUGACAGGACAAAUGCUGGUGAACCGAUCACUGAUGGCUCUUUGUCAACAAAUAUCAGUAAGGACAACGCAGAGGUUGUCAGUGCUGGAAGUGAACUCGAAUCCACGGAUUCUGAGAGUCACAAUGAAAAACCGAAAGGAAAAAUCGGUUUCCGAAAGUUCAAAAAAGCAGUGACAAAACAAUUUCACAGAAAGAAAAAAGCCACUGGAAGUGAACUGCAAUCCAUAAAAGGGAAAACACGCUUCCAAAACUUUAAGAGAGCAGUGAAAAAACUAUUUCACAAAAAGAAAAUAGCCUCUGACGAGGAAAGUGCCUCUCCUGAGUCAAUGUUGACUAAUGAUGAGGUUGUACAGGGUGCUGCCUUUAUGAAAGAGCAGUUGUCAGAGAGCCCCCUUGACAUGACAAAGAAAACAUCCAGUCAGACGAUAUUGGAUCAAACAGUUCAAGACUUGCCAACAGAAAACGAUGAACUUGACAACACAAAGGCUGGUCAACCGUUCACUGAUGGCUCUUUGUCAACAAAUAUCUGUGAGGAAGAUACAACUGGUAAAUCCCUACUCAAAUCGGGCAAGGACAACAAAAACUAUAUUGAUGAAUCACAAAACACAGUUUUCUCAGAGGUAUUGCAGAAGAUAUCAGGAGAUCUCUAUUCGCUAAAAAUGCAUAUAGACUCUUGGAAAGCCAAAUAUGCCUCUUCUGUGAAUGCUGAUGAGUUUGUUGAAAAAGAAACCCAACAAUACUUGCAAACGUUUUUUGAAAGACGCCUGGCGGAGAGCUCUUGUGACAUAUUAAAGAAAAAAUCUAGUCAGACAACACCCAACACCACCUCUUCAGAGGCACCUGACGAUGAAACUGCACGUCAGUCAAGUGGCUCUCCUGAGUUGACGUUGACUGAUGAUGAGACUAUUCAGGCUGCUGCCACUAUGGAAGACCAGUUGUCAGUACCAGUACUGUCAGAGAACACCCUUGACAUGACAAAGAAAACAUCCACUCAGACAGUUCAAGACUUGCCAACAGAACAUGACGAACUUGACAACACAAAGGCUGGUCAACCAAUCACUGACAGUUCUUUGUCAACAGACAGCUGUGAGGAGCCCUCAGAGAAUGUCAGUGCUGGAAGUGAACUGGAAUCUAUGGCUUCUGAGAGUCAUGAUGAAAAACCGAAAGGGAAAACACCUUUGCAAAAGUUGAAAAGAGCGGUGAAAAAACUAUUUCACAAAAAGAAAACCAGCUCUUCAGAGGCACCUGACGAUGAAAGUGCACGUCAUUCAAGUUCCUCUCCUGAGUCGACAUUGACUGAUGAUGAAGCUAUGCAGGCUUCUGCCAAUACGAAAGACCAGUUGUCAGUACCAGUGAUGUCAGAGAACCCCCUUGACAUGACAAAGAAAACAUCAACUCAGACAUUAUCAGAUCAGACAGUUCAAGACUUGCCAACAGAACAUGACGAACUUGACAAUACAAAGGCUGGUCAACCAAUCACUGACAGUUCUUUGUCAACAGACAGCUGUGAGGACCUCUCAGAGGAUGUCAGUGCUGGAAGUGAACUGGAAUCUAUGGCUUCUGAGAGUCAUGAUGAAAAGCCAAAAGGGAAAACACCUUUCCAAAAGUUCAAGAGAGCACUGAUAAAACGAUUUCACAAAAAGAAAAUAGCCACUGGAAGAGAAGUGCAAUCGACGGAUUCUGAGAGUCAAGAUGAAACACCAAAAUGGAAAACACGUUUGCAAAAGUUGAAAAGAGCGGUGAAAAAACUAUUUCACAAAAAGAAAACCAGCUCUUCAGAGGCACCCGAUGAUGAAAGUGCACGUCAAUCAAGUGCCUCUCCUGAGUCGACGUUGACUGAUGAUGAAGCUAUGCAGGCUGCUACCACUAUAAAAGAGCAGUUGUCACAACCAGUGAUGUCAGAGAACACCCCUGACAUGACAAAGAAAACAUCCACUCAGACAUUAUCAGAUCAGACAGUUCAAGACUUGCCAACAGAACAUGACAAACUUGACAAUACCAAGGCUGGUCAACCAAUCACUGACAGUUCUUUGUCAACAGACAGCUGUGAGGAGCCCUCAGAGAAUGUCAGUGCUGGAAGUGAACUGGAAUCUAUGGCUUCUGAGAGUCAUAAUGAAAAACCGAAAGGGAAAACACCUUUCCAAAAGUUCAAGAGAGCACUGAUAAAACGAGUUCACAAAAAGAGAAUAGCCACUUCAGAUGCACCUGAAGACACACCUUUGACAUCGAAUACCUUUAAGACAGAGGCAGAAGGACUUGCUGAGGAUGCUAAAUGCAGUCUGAAUGAAGAAAUAGACAUUGAAGUUAUAAAGAAACAAUUCACGGAAGUAUGCAUUGAUGUGCUGCAGUACAUCCGUGAUUCUUCCGUAACCUUAAGCUCCCAGUCAAACUACCAUCUGCCACAUUAA